AAUUCCGUGCGGCGACUUUUGGCUCGGUCCCAAAUCGCAUGAUGACGAUGAUGAAGUGAGCGAGAGAUUAAAGGAUGAAGUGAGUCUUCAUCAUCAACAUCAUCCUCCUCAUCAUCUGUGCGGUUGGAGCUGCUGCUGAUGGUGAUUUAACACAACAGUAAACAUGGAUUUAUCUGCUGUUAUAAACGCGCUGCAGACACGGGGGCAGGAAGCAGCAGUGCGCGCGCUGGAGGGCUUUAAUAAAGAGAAAAGUCAGUGUUUCACCUUUAUAUCAGAGGAACAAGAGGACAGAGAGCGUCUGGGCGAGCUUCUCCUGUCCUUUCUGGAUCGUGACGUUCAGCCGUCGUGUAAGCUGGCGUGUUUGGAGACGAUCCGCAUCCUGUCACGUGAUAAAAGCAGCCUGGCUCCGUUCUCCAGCCGCCGCGCCGUACACACACUCGCAUGUCACGCUGCACUCGCACCCCCUGAGGGAUUCUGGCCACAAGUCCCUGACCUGGAUGUGAUCGUUGAGGCGCUGAAGUGUCUCUGCAACAUCAUACUAAACAGCAGUGAGGCACAGGAAGCUGCUGCCCACUUGGGUCUGGUGGUGGGCGUAGUAGAGCGUCUGAAACAGUGUCGUGAGUCUCGGUGGAGCUCGGACAUGCGCUUCUUUGACCUGCGGCUGGUGUUUCUGCUGACGGCACUACGUGUAGACGUGAGGGCUCAGUUGGCCCGUGAGCUGAGGGGCGCUCGGAUUCUGGCCGACGCCCUCGACGCCACGCUCGGCCUGCAGUGGACAGACGCCUACGAAGUUUCCCGCUCCGGUGCAGAGGGACCAAAUGAUCUCCCACCGCUCGGGAGGAGUGAGACAGAGCGAGCCAUGGAGAUUCUGAAGAUCCUCUUCAACAUCACCUACGAUAAGGGACGCCGCAAAGUGGACGAGGAGGAGGCAGCGACAUACAGACACCUGGGCGCCAUACUGAGACACUGUUUAAUGAGUACAGCCGAUGGAGAGGAACGCACAGAUGAGUUCCACGGUCACACAGUCAACCUGUUAGGGAACCUCCCCCUGCUGUGUUUGGAUGUGUUGCUGAUUCCCAAAGUGCAGCUCGGUUCCAUUGAGUACAUGGGAGUGAAUAUGGACGCAGUGAACAAACUGCUGGAGUUCAUGGAGAAAAGACUGGACAGAGGGAAUAAGCUGAAGGAGAUGCUGCUGCCGUGUCUGAACCUGCUGACAGAGAGCGCACGUAUCCACAGAGAGACACGCAAAUUUCUACGAAUGAAAGUUCUCCCCCCACUGCGGGAUGUAAAGAAUAAGCCUGAGGUGGGAAACGCUCCAAGGAAUAAACUGGUGCGUCUGAUGACUCACAUCGACACGGACGUGAAGACGUGCGCUGCUGAGUUCCUCUUUGUGUUGUGUAAAGAGAGCGUAUCCCGGUUCAUUAAGUACACAGGUUAUGGGAACGCUGCAGGCCUGCUGGCGGCUCGAGGUCUGAUGCGGGGCGGCUGGGAGCCGGGACAUUACUCUGAGGAUGAGGACAGCGACACAGAGGAGUACAGAGAGGCCAAGCCACACAUCAAUCCUGUGACGGGUCGAGUUGAGGAAGAGCAGCUGAACCCGAUGGAGGGAAUGACGGAGGAGCAGAAGGAGGACGAGGCCAUGAAGCUCAUCAGCAUGUUUGAUAAACUCUCCAGGGAUCAUGUGAUCCAGCCCAUGAAGCUCGGGCCAGAUGGAAAAAUGACCAAACUGGAGCCACACGAGCUGCACUGCCUCACACAGCAACCGUUUACUGGGAACCAGAGGAACGAUGAAGACGAGGAGGAAGAGGAGAUCUCAGACUGAACACGUUCAGAGUCCAGCUGUGUGACCUGCUGUCAGGAUGACAAAUGGACCGGAGAUUUAGAAUAAACACACACUAUGUUUUGCUAACCUUUCAGCUCCGUUUCUCUCACACACUCAACACACGUUAUUCCUGAGCUCAGGUUCAGUUUACAGACCUUCUGGUGUGUGUGUAUCUUGCUGCCUCUUUUCAUUUAUUUGUAUCUAUUACACAAAUUGUGUAAUUAUUUUUCUUCAUGAGGUGUUUUAGAGCUGAAACCAGCAGCGUGAAGCUUCAGCAUCGUGUUUGUGUCCGAGCUCAAAGAGGAUUUCUGAGUUUUCUGGUUAAUUUAUUACUCAAAGCUGAUGGGUGUAACAGUGACAUGCGGAGGAGCUGAACACACACACCACACUGAACACACACACAUAUCACACGCAACACUGAACACUCCCACACCACACUGAACACACCCACACACUGCACACUGAACACACGCAACACUGAACACGCACUCCCACACCACACUGAACACACACACCCACACAGUGGGUAUAGGAGUGUGUGUGUGUUUGGCUUCUCAUCUGAGAAACACUAAUAAACUGUUUGUUACUCGAGUCACACAUCGUCAUGUUUCUUAUAUUUUACUGCUAGAAAUAUUUCUCCUGUUAAACAGAUUAAAUGUCGUCAGAUUUUUCAACCAUAAAUUGGACAAAAUCACAAGAAGCCUUGAGGUAUUUUCCCCGUUCCACCGAGUGCAUGGACACUGAUGUAUUUAUUUAUACUGGUGUAAUUAUAUCUUACAUUUUUCAUUUCAAUCCUCUGUUAUCGAACUGUUCAGCACUUUGAUCUGAUAUUUAUUUUAUCUUUAUCACUUAAACACAAAGAGCUAAAAUGGAGUAAAUGAUAAAAUUCCUUUGAUGUUUUUUUAUCAAAAUGUACAAAACUCACUCAUGUUUGAUUUGUGGAAAGAAUUAAUUCUUCAUCUUGCUGGUAAAGAUAGCAUUUUAUUUUUAAAAAAGAUGGAAAAAAAAAGAUAAACAAAAAAACAAAACAAAACAAAAAAAGAGCCUGGUGAUGCAUGAAGCGCUGUGAGGAAUCUGGACCGGCGCCUUGACACAUAAAAAAAAAAAAUUCCACUCGCAGAAAAACGUGGUGGAUUUGUUUCCUUUUUUCCUCAACAGGACAUCUGUGUGUGUGUGUGUGUGUGUGUGUGUGUGUGGCAAUCGUUCGCUACAUGCAACUGGACUCCACCUGAGCUUCAGGGUUUUACACUUUAGAGGGAAGAUUUACAGCACGGCCUCAAUAAGUUAAAAACUAUAGCAAAAGGUUCUGCUCAAAUCUCACUAGAUACAUUUACAAUAUAACACCUGUGACAAAAUAAACCGUUCCCCGAUUUAAAAUGCACCCCCGGAAUCCUCCUCCACCUCAUUGUUGUCAUUGUGAAUAAAACGAGAUUUACAUGUUUGCGUUAUCGCCGUCAUUGUUUUUUUUUUACUUGGAAAUUAAAUACCAAAAACAAAAUAAACAAAAAACCCAUUAAAAAAAAA